AGUGGAGAGAGCCAGCAUGCGAACGAGCUCCGACUGUCGAAUGACGCCAUUUUUCCCACCUGCAAGACGCUGACGAAGAGACAUAAAGAGAUACCUCGCGAACCCCGACGUAGAGGCGGCCGGCUUCCGAAUGUCCGGAACGCAUAGUUGGUUUAAUACUCGAGGGAAGAUUAUCUCAUGCUCGCCAGCUCGAGACUCAAUUUCUCCGCCACAUAAUUGAAGGCCUUCACCAUGUCGCGCCUUACAACGAUACCAACCCAGACCACGCUCCUGCGGAGCUUAGGUGCCACAUCGAGGAUAGCGACACCGGCACGCGCAUCUCUGCUUUCGAAACAAGCGGUGCGAUGGUAUGCCAGCGAGAAGAAGGAGGCCAGCUCUGGGUCCAGCUUCCAGGGCCAGAUGCUUGAGAGUAUCUCGUCGCGCAUACAGCGUGAGAGGAAAGAGCGCGAGAAGUUCGCGAAGCAGAGAGAGAACUCGGCUAGCUCGAGGCGGUGGGCUACCACGUUCAUGUUUGUCGCCGGCGCACUUGGUUCCUACUACCUGGGCACCCUACGACCCCGCGAAAUCGAUCCCAAUUCGACCCUACCACUGUCCCAGACGAACGACCCGGUACAUAAGCUUGGAAAAGCCAACCUCGAGGCUGCGUGGCAUGACUUUGCUGCCAUUGUCGGCAAGGAGCAUGUCAGCACGCUCGACGUUGACCUGCAUGCACAUUCUACAUCAGAUUGGUCUUCGUAUCGAGCGCAUAAGUCGGAGCAACCCUUCUGUGUGGUGUUCCCCGCCUCGACGGAAGAGGUGUCCGAAAUCAUGAAGAUCUGCCACUUGCGGAGGAUACCAGUCGUUGGCUACAGCGGCGGCACGAGUCUGGAGGGUCACUUCACACCCACCCGCGGCGGCAUCUGCAUCGAUUUUGGACGCAUGAACCAGGUCAUCAAGCUGCACAAGGAAGAUCUCGACGUGGUAGUCCAGCCCGCAGUCGGAUGGGAACACCUGAACGAGGAGCUGGCCAAGGACAAUCUCUUCUUCCCUCCCGACCCGGGCCCGGGUGCCAUGAUUGGCGGCAUGAUCGGCACCGGUUGUAGCGGCACUAACUCCUACCACUACGGCACCAUGCGCGAAUGGGUUCUAUCUCUGACCGUUGUGCUCGCCGACGGCACCAUCAUCAAGACGCGCCAGCGCCCGCGCAAAUCCUCGGCCGGCUACGAUCUAACCAAGCUCUUCAUCGGCAGCGAAGGCACGCUGGGCCUCGUGACGGAGGCAACCCUCAAACUCACCGUCAAGCCGGCCAGUACCUCGGUAGCUGUCUGCUCCUUUGGCUCGAUCCGCCAGGCCGCCGACUGCGUGGCGCGUGUCGUAGGGCAGGGCGUCCCCGUGGCCGCCGUCGAGAUCCUCGACGACGAGCAGAUGCGGUGCAUCAACCACGCGGGCAUGACGUCGAAGCAGUGGAAGGAAGCGCCCACGCUGUUCUUCAAGUUCAGCGGCACGGACAACGGCGUCAGGGAGCAAAUCCAAAUCGUGAGGGACAUGGCGAAAGCGACGGGGAGCCAAAGCUUCGAGUUUGCGCGCAGCGAGGAGGAGAAAGCAGAGCUGUGGAGUGCGCGCAAAGAGGCGCUUUGGAGUACCAUGUCCGUCAGCAAGCCUGGGGAUAAGGUGUGGACGGGCGAUGUGGCGGUCCCUGUUAGUCGGUUACCUGAUUUGAUCGAGAUUACUAAGGAAGAUUUGAAAGCGAGUGGCAUGUAUGGCACAAUUGUGGGGCAUGUAGGCGAUGGGAAUUUUCAUAUUAUUUUGCUUUCCAAUGAGGAGCAGAGACAUGCGGCUGAGGAGUUGGUACAUAGGAUGGUGAAGAGGGCUGUGGAGAUGGAGGGCACGGUUACGGGAGAACAUGGUGUUGGAAUUGUGAAGAGGGACUACUUGCCUCACGAGUUGGGUGAGAGCACGGUUGAUACGAUGAGGAAGCUCAAGCAAGCGUUAGACCCCCUGUGUCUGCUCAACGUCGACAAAGUCGUGAGGAUGCAGAAGCCGAAGCCGGGUGAGGUGGCUGAGUGGUAAAAUUACAGAGAAAAGAAAGAAAAUUUGUGCGAGUAGAAUCAUUAAGUCAUGUGUACCCCAAGCCUUCUUGCAACUCAAGAUAUACAUAGAUUUCGCUGUUCUCAAUGUAUACUUUUGAGGAUGAACUUUGUGUACGGCGGUGAAAAGAUGGGGUUGAUUACGACUAGCUUAAAAGGUCUUCAUCGCCAACUACACGCUAUAAGCCAAGCCAAUUUAGCAUGCUGUCCCCUCAUAAUUUCUAGUCGGACAUGGCUCUAACC